UGUUUUUAUUUUCUUUCUUUUUAAUAAAAAAAUAAACCAUCACGGUAGUCAGCAGUCAUAAUAUAAUAGCCUAGAGUUAUAAUAGCCGUUUGUUGUUACGUUCUGCAGGCUUGCGAAGUAUAUUUAUGUCUUGCUAAAGACCAGAGGGGAACCGAAAUAACAGCGAGAAUAACGCUCUGUCCCGCCUGAUAAGACUCGCCGGUUAACCAAGAGACAUACAUACAUUCAAUUAAAAACUUCGCGAUGGCAGCUGUCGACGCCCUCCUCAAGGACGUGGCCAUCCUCGGCCCUCUAAACGACCAGACCCGCAAGAUCCUCACCAAGGAAGCCACUGCGUUUCUCGCCCUGUUGCAACGCACUUUCAACCCAACCAGAAAAGCUCUCCUCCAGCGACGCAUUGACCGUCAAGCAGAGCUCGACCGGGGCACUCUCCUAGACUUCCUCCCAGAGACCAAGCAUAUCCGUGAUAAUGAUGCGUGGAAGGGAGCCCCGCCGGCGCCGGGCCUUGUUGACCGCCGGGUGGAAAUCACCGGCCCAACGGACCGGAAAAUGGUGGUUAAUGCGUUGAAUUCGGAUGUGUAUACUUACAUGGCUGAUUUUGAGGACUCAAGUGCUCCCACUUGGGAGAACAUGGUCAAUGGCCAGGUUAACCUGUACGAUGCAAUCCGCAGACAGGUUGAUUUCAAGCAAGGCGGGAAGGAAUACAAGCUGCGCACCGACAGGAAGCUUCCCACCCUCAUUGCCCGCGCGAGGGGCUGGCACCUUGAGGAGAAGCAUAUGACCGUCGAUGGCGACCCCAUGUCCGCUAGUCUUUUCGAUUUCGGCCUCUAUUUCUUCCACAAUGCAAAGGAGUUGGUCAGCCGAGGUGCUGGGCCUUACUUCUAUCUCCCCAAGAUGGAAUCCCACCUCGAGGCUCGUCUAUGGAAUGAUGUUUUCAAUCUUGCUCAGGAUUACAUUGGCAUGCCUCGCGGGACUAUCCGCGCUACCGUUUUGAUUGAGACUAUCUCUGCUGCCUUUGAGAUGGAUGAGAUCAUCUACGAGCUCAGAGACCACAGCUCUGGCUUGAACUGCGGUCGAUGGGAUUACAUCUUCUCCUUUAUCAAGAAAUUCAGACAGAACCCCAAUUUCGUCCUCCCAGACCGCUCAGCUGUCACCAUGACUGUUCCAUUCAUGGAUGCCUACGUCAAGCUCCUCAUCAAGACCUGCCACCGGAGAGGCGUUCACGCUAUGGGUGGUAUGGCCGCUCAAAUCCCCAUCAAGGACAACCCCAAGGCCAACGACGCGGCCAUGGCCAGCGUGCGGGCCGACAAGCUCCGUGAGGUGCGUGCGGGCCACGAUGGAACCUGGGUCGCCCAUCCCGCAUUGGCCAAGAUUGCCACAGACGUCUUCGACCAAUACAUGCCCACCCCGAACCAGCUGUUCGUCCGCAGGGAGGACGUGCACAUCACCGCCAACGACCUCUUGAAUACCAACGUCCCCGGCAGCAUCACUGAAGAUGGCAUCCGGAAGAACUUGAACAUCGGAUUGUCCUACAUGGAGGGCUGGCUCCGUGGAAUCGGAUGUAUCCCCAUCAACUAUCUCAUGGAAGAUGCCGCCACUGCCGAAGUAAGCCGCAGCCAGCUCUGGCAAUGGGCCAGGCACAACGUCACCACGGCGGAGGGCAAACGGGUCGACAAGAACUAUGCACUCAAGCUGCUGCAAGAGCAGGCCGACGAGCUCGCAAACAAAGGCCCCAAGGGCAACAAGUUUCAACUUGCCGCCCGCUAUUUUGCCGGCCAAGUUGCUGGCGAGGAUUAUGCUGAUUUCUUGACAUCGCUGCUCUACAACGAAAUCUCCGCCCCCGGCAGCGCUGCCAAGUUGUAAAAAGGUUUUUGGGCAUCCAGCGCGCCAGACGCAUUGAUAGGAGGAAACGUAGAAUAAAUUCGGUCCGGUCCAUUCAAUGAGAAACACAUGGAAAGGGGAAGUUGGGAGGAGGGGGGUUAUAUUCCUUCCAAAAACCGAACUAACCAACCACUUGAAGAAUGAAAAGGAAAAAGGGGACAAAUGUUCUUUGCAUAUAUAUAUUCCCAAGCAACUCGUCUCCUGCAUUGCUAUUCUCUUCAAUUUCAUUUUUAUUAUUGUAUUUCCUUAUUUCCUUAUUUAUUUAUUUUUUUUGUUUCUUUUCCUCCCAUGUUGCGAGGAGUGUACUGUACUGUACCUAAACCGAACAAACUGCCAAGGCAUUGAUUUAUCUAUGAGAUUACAAAUUGCGUUAACAACUUAAAUGUCAAUUAGCUAGUGUAUAUAUGAGAAGUAUGUUGUAUAUUUUG